CUUUUGUUGAAUCCUAAUCUUUACUGGUCGAACUUUGCGAAUUAAAAUUCUUACAAAAAUGCUCUACACUGUGCGAACAGGAAAUCUGAAGAUUUCUAUCAAGACGUUUGGGGAUGAUGAAGGAAGGCCAAGUUUUGCGCAGAUAAAGGAGAGCCACAACUCUGAAAAUAUUUUCGAGGACUAUGACUUUGAGCCGGACAACAUGCUCCUAGGAUCCCUGCCAGAUCAUGUACUGGUCGAAUGGAAAAGACCCUGGGAAAUUACCAACAAUCCAACAUUCAUCACCGAGGGCCUCAGUCGCAUGGACAUCAACCAGGGCCGCCUUGGCGACUGCUGGAUGCUGGCAGCUUUGGCAGACCUCACCAUGCGCCCCGACCUGAUGAAACUGGUUGUCCCGGACGAUAACCCUGAAUUUACUGACGACGAUUACUGCGGUGCCUUUCACAUGAGGCACGGAGAUUUAAAUUUCACCUAAAUAUUUCUUAUAAUU